CCACCAUACUUCAGAGAAGAAGAGUGCCUUGUCCCGUGUGCCGGCUGGUUCGUGGUUCAUUCAUGACGAAAGUCCCCGUGGCCGUCACCGUCAUAAAGCCGUAGUAAACAUGGCAGGUUACCUGAAGGUUCUGAGCUCCGUGUCCAGAGGAGCAGCUGCUGCUCUGUCUCCAAACCCCGCGGUGCUUUCACCGGCCUCCGUCUGCCUUCAAACACCGCAACGCAGGAACUAUGCUACAAAGCGCAUCAAGGUGGCUCAGCCGGUGGUGGAGAUGGAUGGAGACGAGAUGACCCGAAUCAUCUGGGAGUUCAUCAAAGAGAAGCUCAUCUUGCCAAACGUGGACGUUGAGCUGAUGUACUUUGACCUGGGUCUGCCUUACCGGGACCAGACCGAUGACCAAGUCACCAUUGACUCUGCUCUGGCAACCAAGAAAUAUAAUGUGGCUGUGAAAUGUGCCACCAUUACUCCUGAUGAGGCCAGAGUUGAGGAGUUUAAGCUAAAAAAGAUGUGGAAGAGUCCAAAUGGCACAAUCAGGAAUAUCCUAGGUGGGACAGUUUUCCGUGAGCCCAUCCUUUGUAAAAACAUCCCUCGUCUUGUUCCUGGUUGGUCACAGCCCAUCACAAUUGGCAGACAUGCUUUUGGUGACCAGUACAGGGCCACAGACUUUGUUGUCGACCAGCCAGGAAAGUUCAAGAUUGUGUUUUCCCCAAAUGAUGGGAGCAAGCAGAGGGAGUGGGUGGUGUAUGACUUUCCAGCAGGAGGCUGUGGGAUGGGGAUGUACAACACUGAUGAGUCAAUCACUGGAUUUGCUCACAGCUGCUUCCAGUAUGCCAUCCAGAAGGGAUGGCCUCUGUACAUGAGCACCAAGAACACAAUCCUCAAAGCCUACGAUGGACGAUUCAAAGACAUCUUCCAGGACAUCUAUGAGAAGAACUACAAGCCUCAGUUUGACAAGCUGAAGAUUUGGUACGAGCACCGGCUCAUUGACGACAUGGUGGCUCAGGUCUUGAAGUCUUCCGGAGGAUUUGUUUGGGCCUGCAAGAAUUAUGACGGAGAUGUGCAGUCAGAUAUUCUUGCACAGGGUUUUGGCUCUCUGGGUCUUAUGACGUCAGUUCUGGUGUGUCCAGAUGGCAAGACUAUUGAGGCAGAGGCUGCCCAUGGGACAGUGACAAGACACUACCGUGAACAUCAGAGGGGAAGACCAACCAGUACCAACCCCAUUGCUAGUAUCUUUGCUUGGACCAGAGGACUAGAGCACAGAGGCAAACUGGAUGGAAAUGCUGACUUGAUAAAGUUCUCCCAGACUUUAGAAAAAGUGUGUGUGGAAACUGUGGAAAAUGGAGUGAUGACCAAGGACCUUGCAGGAUGCAUCCACGGAUUAGCCAACUGCAAGCUGAAUGAGCAUUACGUGAACACAUCAGACUUUUUGGAUGCCAUCAAGACUAACUUGGACAAAGCUCUGGGCAAAUGAAGAAAAAUUUGAAGAAGCACAUACAAUGCAAAAAGACAAACCUUGUCUACAGAUUCAAACUUUUUUUAUCCUACUUUUGUAUUAACUUUUGUACAAUUAUGAAGGAACUAAAUGACCUUUUUUUGACAUAUUUGUAUUGUAUAGCUCACUGACACAAUGUUUGUGCUCUUCUGCCUUUCCUGUUGCAAGGGACCAGUUUUGUAUGUCACACUCAAUUUAUUGCAUUGUUAUGAUUCGUAUGAAGCGUAAUUUUAAUUUGUAAUGGCCUAUCAAGUGAUUUAGAAUCUUUUAUAUGUCUUCAGAGACCAGCCACAUGUAUAAACCUGGCCAUAUUUUGCACUGUCAGCAUUAUUAUUAUUAAAAAGAAAUGACUAUUCCUAGUAAUGCA